CAGUGUGUUUCAUUGUGUUUGCUCCCCUGGAGCAAAGCUGCAGGGUCACAGUUCUGAGGUCAACCGUCAGCCAGAAGAGCUGCUAGGAUGGACACACACAACGUGGUCGCUCUGCCGGCGGUGUCGCGUGUGGCGGUGUGCGGCGGUACCCAUGGCAACGAGCUGUCAGGCGUCUACCUGGUGAGAGAGAGGCUGAAGAGGAGGGAGGAUGGCACAGAGGCGGUCUCCGUGGUAACGCUGAUGUCGAACCCGCGCGCGGUACAGCUGUGUGUGCGCUACGUGGAGACGGACCUGAACCGAUGCUUCACGCGGGCUGCGCUCAGCGCACCCGUCUCCGAGGACUCGCCGUACGAGAUGAUCCGCUCUCGGGAGCUCGACGCGCUCCUGGGUCCUAAAGGCAGCGGUCAGGCGGUGGAUCUGCUGUGUGAUCUGCACAACACCACUGCCAACACAGGGCUGUGUCUCAUCACACACUCCGACUGCGACUGGAUCGGCCUGCACAUCUGCAAACACCUGCAGAGAGAAAUGGCCGCCGUUCCCGUUCGAUACGUUCACUUUGACCUUCCCCCCGACGAGGCGUAUUCUCUGGACUCAGUGGGGAAACACGGCUUUGCGCUGGAGGUCGGCCCGCAGCCGCACGGCCUCGUCCGGUCCGGGGUCUUCAGCGCCAUGCGGGACGGAGUUCAGCUCAUGCUGGACUGGAUCUGCCAGUUCAACUCCGGGACCCUGUUUGAAGCAGGAUCUGUUGAUGUUUUCACGAUGGUGAGGAAUAUUGAUUAUCCACGAGACCCUCAGACACACAUGAUCACGGCCGCGGUGCAUCCCGACCUGCAGGACAGGGACUUCUGUCUCCUCCGCCCGGGAGAUCCCCUGUUCCUGACCUUCUCCGGAGAAACGCUGCGCUACAGAGGGAGAGAAGCGCUCUACCCGUUCUUCGUUAACGAGGCUGCGUACUACGAGAAGGGUGUGGCUCUCUCCCUCGCCCGGAGGAGAAGAGUGGAGAUUCCCUCCGUCCGCUCACACACACACACAUGAUGAACAGAUGACAGACAACAUCAGCAUUAGUUUCAUGAGUUUAUCAAUGCAUGUGAUAGUCAACCUUAAUAUGUUCAGAAAAACAAACAUUUUCAACAUAUAUGGUGCA